UCAUUGUAUGGAGUUGUUAUUUAAUGAGUUUCAUUUCAACUGUAUGAAUUAAUGACUGAACUUGCAUGAUAAUUUUUUGUAAGCAAGUUCUUGUAUGCUUGUCUGAUAGCAUUAGGGUCUUUUGGUUCUGGGAUCUUAUCUAAUCAUUGUCUUGUUUAAUCAUUUCGACCUUGGAAAGUAUGUACUUAUUUGAGGUGUAUUCUAGGUUACAGUUUUUUACCUUUUGGGAUAGUCGACUAUAAUUAUUUUGGUUAAACAAACAGCAUAGCUAUAUGACCUGUGUCUGUAGCAUGUAGAAAUGCUAUGCCUGAGUUGUCAAGACAUAAUGUGGAACCAAACAUUCAUUUGGAAAAGAUCUCCACAUUCAAGUGUUUAUUUUGCCGCAGGCACAUCUACUAAGGAAAAAGAGCUUCUAUCAUGGCUCAACACUUCUCUGCCCCUAUCUGCCUGCCUGCUCUCCUCCUUCUCACUGAUGGAAUUGUUCUGAAUUUCUUACAUCGAUCUUCUGUCAUUCACUUACUUCACUACUCAUGUUGCUUAUCACGAGAAUGAUCAUGGUGGGAUCAGUCAGUUCAUCAUGCCAUGCCUACCACUACUAAUAAAGGGGAUCAAUGAAUUAUAUCAUGCCAUGCCUACCAAUUCUGAAAUCGUGCUCUGAAAUUGGUGAUGCAUGCUUAGCAAUGACUACUCAGACCUGAGUUUUAAACCUUUAAUAAGCCUUCAUCACCUUGACCAUCAUCAUCAUCAUGAUCUAGUUCAUGCAAGGCCCUCUACUUCCUUACUUUCCUCAAGUCCUCACAUAAUUGCAGGGUAUGCUUUUGUCUACUUUGAGGAUGAGCGAGAUGCAGCAGAUGCAAUCCGUGGGACUGACAACAUGCCAUUUGGUUAUGAAAGGCGCCGGCUGUCCGUGGAAUGGGCAAAAGGUGAACGUGGUAGGCAUCAUGAUGGCCCCAAGUCUGGUGGAAACCAGAGACCAACCAAAACAUUGUUUGUAAUAAAUUUUGACCCUAUUCGUACUAGGGUUCGAGACAUAGAAAAACACUUUGAACCUCACGGCAAAGUCCUUCAUGUUCGCAUCCGCCGCAACUUUGCAUUUGUGCAGUUUGAAAAUCAGGAAGAAGCCACAAGAGCUUUGGAGUGUACACACAUGAGUAAGGUCCUGGAUAGAGUGGUUUCUGUGGAGUAUGCAUUGAAGGAUGACGAUGAGAGGGGGGACAAAUAUAACAGCCCAAGACGAGAUUAUGGCAGGCAAAGGGAUAUUCCUUAUCAAAGGUCACCAAGCCCAGUGUAUCGUAGGAACCGACCAAGUCCUGAUUAUGGCCGACCUCGGAGUCCUGUUCAUAAUGGUCCAUCAUAUGACAGAUACAGGAGUCCUCAGUAUGGAAGGUAUCGCAGCAGGUCUCCUGUCCGGAGGUCUUGAACUUGAGUCGGUUCAUUAUCUGGGAGAGCUUGUGCUGUCAUAAUGUAAAUGCUUGAUGCAGUCUGCUUGUGUAGGAGAAAGAUCUAUCUUUUAUCAGUGUAAUGGAUUAGCUGUUGCGUUUUGUUGCUUUAACUUAGUUGACUGUAGUUUAUGAAUUUAGCUGUUGGAACAUUGUGUAGUAGUAGUAUCGCAUUGCCUAUGAAUGUUGGAGACCAUUUGGUAUUAGCUCAUAGAUAGGUUUGGUUGGAAA